AUGGCAUCAAUAGUACCAAGAUUCAGAUGUCUCAAUGCGCCCCCAUUGCGACAGACAUCAAGAAAUAUUCUCGCAAUUCCUACUGCAACCUCACGAUCAUUCGCCACUGAAAUAGAUGUAUCCAAGCCGACACCCAUCGUAAAACGACGUCCUACAUACUUUAAAGACAAGAUCAAUGCCGUACCCUCGUUUUCGGAGUUUGUCGGUCUGCCAGAGAAAGCUUUCACACCUGAAGAUGCACUCGAAUUGCGUACCGCGAUGGUUGGUCCUCCUGGAAAGAAGAGGCAAAUUACAAGAUUACCUGAAUGGUUAAAGACGCCAAUUCCGGACAAUUCGAAUUACAAAAAGAUCAAGAAGGAUCUGCGAGGGUUAAAUUUACAUACUGUAUGCGAAGAAGCUCGAUGUCCGAAUAUCUCGGAUUGCUGGGGUGGUAGUGAUAAAAGUGCUGCGACUGCGACAAUUAUGUUGAUGGGAGAUACUUGCACAAGAGGAUGUCGAUUCUGUAGUGUUAAGACAUCUAAAGCACCGCCUCCGUUGGAUCCUCACGAACCGGAACAUACAGCUGAAGCAUUGUCUAGAUGGGGUUUGGGAUAUGUUGUUUUGACAUCUGUGGAUAGAGAUGAUCUUGCAGAUGGAGGGGCAAGACAUUUUGCAGAGACAAUCAUGAAGAUUAAGCAGAAGAAAUCUUCAAUCUUGGUUGAGGCCUUGACGGGUGACUAUGGCGGAGAUUUGGAAAUGGUGAAAUUGGUUGCGGAAAGUGGUUUAGAUGUUUAUGCGCAUAACAUGGAGACUACUGAAGAACUUACACCAUUUGUUCGGGAUAGAAGAGCGAAAUACCGACAAAGUUUGAAGGUUUUGGAAGCGGCGAAGAAAGCUAAACCUUCAUUAAUUACAAAGACAAGUAUUAUGCUUGGAUUGGGAGAAACGGAGGAAGCAUUAUGGCAAGCAUUGAGAGAUCUCCGAGAAGUCGAUGUUGACGUCGUUACUUUCGGUCAAUAUAUGCGCCCUACCAAACGUCAUAUGAAAGUAGAAGAAUAUGUUACACCUGAGGUAUUUGAGAUCUGGCGUCAACGCGCAUUAGAUCUUGGGUUCUUAUAUUGUGCCAGUGGACCUUUAGUGAGAAGUUCGUACAAAGCUGGUGAGGCAUUCAUAGAGAAUGUUCUCAAGAAGAGAAAGGGUGUAACUAUAUUAUCUGAUGAAGCUACUGGUAUGGAUAAAGCAAUUGUAUAA